AUGUCUGCUUUAGAAGAUGCCGGUAGAUUACCAGGUAAAGCUUAUAAAGACUGUACUAUUUACACCACAUUAUCCCCAUGUAAUAUGUGUACUGGUGCUAUUUUAUUAUAUGGUAUUAAAAGAGUCGUCAUGGGUGAAAAUGUCAACUUCCAAGGUGCUGAAGAUUUAUUAAGAGCUAAUGGAGUUGAAGUUAUUAAUUUGGAUGAUAAUGAUUGUAAAGAAAUCAUGAGUAAAUUCAUUAAAGAAAGACCAACUGAUUGGAAUGAAGAUAUUGGAGAAUAG